AUCGGAUCAACCGUGAGCUAGAUGCCUCUAACUCACCGGAGCUUGAAUAUCCAAUAUCCAACUUCAAACUAACUUCACCGCUGUAGUAUGAUGAACAAUACAUAUUUUUAGAGAUGAGCUUACGCUCCCGCCCUGCGGGGGGCAGUAAUAUUGCAUUAUCUGGAUAUAUACCGUCUGAAUUGCAGGAAGAAGAAGGCUUCUUAAAGAUAUGGCGCUGCAGCAUGCAGAGGUUAUUCAUACCGAGAGGGAAUGAUCAGGGCGGAAUUUAACCUGAACCUUCGAUAGAUGGUGUGUGGAAAAAAAACGUCUUUACAAUGUGGAUGAACAGAAAGACUGGCAGUGUUUUCCUGAAAACCCUCAACCAUGUUCUGAAUGUGUUGAAGUUCAGCACCAAUGUCCGCACACAGCCUCCCCGUAAACCCGGACCGUCCAGGCCGCCCUGGAGCCUCCUGUUCUUCGGUACUGACCAGUUCGCCGUGGAGUCUCUCAAAGUGCUGACUAGCUGCAGAAAUCCAAGCAAAGGAAUCGUGGAGAAGCUGGAGGUUGUUUCAUUGCCUGGCGAUCUCCCUGUGAGGAGAUUUGCUCAACAGAACCAACUGACACUUCACAACUGGCCCCCUCAUGAUUUGGAGGGACAGUUUGAUGUUGGGGUGGUUGUGUCUUUUGGCCGUUUAAUCCACGGAGGACUCAUUGACAAGUUUCCCUUUGGGAUUUUAAAUGUUCACCCCAGCCUGCUUCCAAGGUGGAGAGGUCCAGCACCUGUCUUCCACACCAUCAUGCAUGGUGACACUGUGACAGGAGUCACAAUUAUCCAGAUACGUCCCAACAAGUUUGACGUUGGGCCCAUUCUAAACCAGGAGCUCCAUAAGGUUCAGAAAAACUGUACUGCUGAAGAACUUGGAGCUGCCCUAGCCACCAAAGGAGCACAUCUUUUGAUUGAUACAUUAAUGAAGCUUCCUGAAAAAAUUGCAAAUAAAAGGGAGCAAGGAAUGAUGGGUGUAACCUUUGCCCCAAAAAUCAAUACAUCAAUGAGCUGGAUUCACUGGGAAGAACAGACCUGUAACCAAAUUGCUUGUUUGUGUCGUGCCAUUGGAUGCCGGAUACCUUUGAGGACUAUAUGGAUGGGGAAAACUAUAAAACUUUUGGAUUUUGUUGGAAAAUGUCACACUACAGAUCAAAGGAAUCAGAAACCUGGCUCAGUGUACUAUGAUAAGGUUUCCAAUACUCUGGCUGUCUGUUGUAAGGUGUGUAUCACGGGACGACGCAACAGAGGCGCGUAUCUGGAGAGACAAAAGCUUGCAGGCGAACUUUUUCUCCAAAAGGCCAUUCCCGGAAGAACUUGAAAGCUGGAAAUCUGUCUGAUACAAGAAGGUCAGAAGAUUCAUAUACCAAUCGAAGACCACGCCGACACCCAGCGAGGGUGAAAAACCCACAGAGGUUUUAUUUCCAAGGAGAUGAGUUUCCUCCUUGUUGAUUCAGUCGACUAAACAGUUCUUCAUACUUUCCCCUCUUGGACAGAUGAGAAGUUUACCGGUUUUUUUUCUUGAGUUGAUCACAGAUGCGGGAUCCCCCUCCCUCAUUUUUCUUCAGACCUGACCCAUCCUCGACUGGUGGAGAGAAGAAAUCAACGUCAAAGUAAUUUCGUACUUUUUAUAUUAAAUUGGAUAGGUACAUUUAGAAGUCUGAGCAGGAUGAGGCAUCGUUAAGGUGAUUUAGAAUUACCAGUUGUCAAUCCAAGGUAUCAACUUGUUGCAUGCAAUAAUGAUUGAAGUGUUGAGCUGUGUUUUGAUUUGCUGUGCAAGCGCUGCUGAAUCGUGCCUGUUCAUGUUUCGUCCAGCUGAUCCCCAAUCAGCCAGGAGUUAGAAGUUGGACCUUUAAAAGUUUUUCAUUCAAAGCAACUGCAGUCUGGGCCUCGCCUGACCACUCCUUUGUUCUAGUUGUAUUACUGAAGUUUUUCCACUGAGUUCCGCCUCAGAGUUUUAUGACUCUUUGUUCUAGAUUUGGGGCAAUCAACUGCUAGAGGCUAAAGGGGCGUGGCUCCACCGUUUUACCAGCUAAUCACUGCAAUCGAGACAUCAGCACACCAGGAGGACUUCUCUUUCCAUUUAACCCAAAUUACACAUUUUCUCCAUAAAACUGCUGGUUUUGAUCUUCAUAGACACUCAAUGCGCAUAUAUUUUUCUUUUA